AUGACAAUCAAAUCAGGGCCGGCAUCCCCCAAUGGGGUAUCUAACACCAGCUUCCGCGAAACCAAUGGUUUUCUCGAGGACUAUGCUGUCUGGAACGAGGCCCCGGUGCUCAUAGGCACCACUAAAUUCGAGCCCCUGCCAGAUGUGAAGAACAUCAUGAUUACGGGCGGGGCCGGCUUCAUAGCUAGUUGGCUCGUCCGGCAUCUGACCCUCACAUAUCCGCAUGCUUACAACAUCAUAUCGUUUGACAAGCUGGACUACUGCUCGUCACUGCACAAUACCAGGAUACUCAACGACCGGCGGAACUUCUCCUUUUAUCAAGGCGAUGUGACCAACCCGUCCGAGGUUGUAGACUGCCUCGAGCGGUACAACAUCGACACCAUCUUCCACUUUGCCGCCCAAUCGCACGUUGACCUCAGCUUUGGCAACUCGUACGCCUUCACGCACACCAACGUGUACGGGACGCACGUGCUGCUAGAGAGCGCAAAGCGAGUGGGCAUCAAGCGCUUCAUCCACGUCUCCACCGACGAGGUCUACGGCGAGGUCAAGGACGACGACGACGACCUGCUGGAGAGCAGCAUCCUGGCUCCGACCAACCCCUAUGCCGCCAGCAAGGCGGCUGCAGAGAUGCUCGUGCACUCGUACCAAAAGAGUUUCAAGCUGCCGGCAAUCAUUGUGCGGAGUAAUAAUGUCUACGGCCCUCACCAGUAUCCCGAGAAAAUAAUCCCCAAAUUCAUCUGUCUCCUUGACCGCAGUAAGCCAGUGGUCCUGCAUGGUGACGGCUCGCCCACCAGGCGGUAUUUGUACGCGGGGGACGCGGCCGAUGCCUUUGACACGAUUCUGCACAAGGGCCAGCUGGGGCAGAUCUACAAUGUGGGUUCGCUCGACGAGAUCAGCAACCUCUCGCUGUGUCACAAGCUCCUCGUCGAGAUGGACAUAAUCACAGCUGAAGCUGGCUCGGCCGACUUGGCCCGCUGGAUCAAGUACACCCAUGACCGACCCUUUAAUGACCACCGUUACGCCAUCGACAACACGAAGCUGCGCCAGUUGGGCUGGGAGCAAAAGACAAGCUUCGCCGAGGGCCUGCGCGUCACGGUCGACUGGUACAGGAAGUACGGGCACCGGUGGUGGGGGGACAUCACCAAGGUGCUGAGCCCGUUCCCGGUGCUCGCUGGCAGGGAGGUCAUCUCCGACCAUGAGCCCGUGUCGGACCACCCGCAAGGCGGUAGUGACGGCCAGCGCAAGAAGCGGAGGAUAGGAGAGGUCAGUAAUGACCGGGCCAACGAAUGA